AACUUGCAGCAUGAUUAUUCCUUCCCAGGCCUCAUUCCAUUUAUGGGGUUAUUGUUUACAUCGUACCUUGAACCGGAAUCGGCCUUCUUUCCCCGCCAGCACCAUCCUGGUACGGUUUGCCGUUGUGUUGCUCUUCGAAGAACUAAGCCACCGCGUUCCUGACUGAUUAGCAAGUGGGAAUCGAGACGAGAAUCACCCUUUUUGCUUCUCACAGGGGGCCCGGGGGUUAAACAAGUGGAGACAGUGGCUGAACAGGGUUGAAAUUAAUAAAUCUCCCGUCCGCUUGAUGGAGUUCCGCCGUCCAAUCACUGCCAGACCGAGGAGGGUGAUUCCACGAUUCUAGCAGUUUACCAAAGGCCCCGGCAGACGGCUUGCUUCCUCGCUUUUGCGUGAUUGUCGCCGGGUCCGAAAAGAACCCUCCCAGCCGUCAACUUUAGUCACUUCUUAAGUUCCUUCAUGUUCUGCGCGGAUGUAUGCUUCCGGCCCUUCAGGCGUUCGGGUCCCUGGAAUGGUGUGUGUGUGUGUGUCACUCACUCGGUAUGCUUGUCUAGCUUGCAACUAUCGAAACCGAGUCGUGCGUGUACGCCCGAAAUGCGAAUAUCAAGAAUCCAGGAGUCCUAUGAGGGGCCUAGAAACAUGCGGUGUCGGCUGUUUGAGAAAUAAUCAUACAAAUCAAAUCCAGAAUAAUAUCCGCGCAAAGAGAAAACUAGAAGGUCACUACGAAAUACCUAGGGUAAAGUUCAAGCUUUAAUUCAGGAACUGCGGUCUGUCUUCCCGAUAGAAUGAUUAUUCUCGUAUAUCAUGUAGGAGAUCAGUUCCUCAUACUCAAUCAAAGACACAAAUGCUG